GUAGCGAGGGCGGCGCUUCCCGUGCGCGGUCUGGGGCGGUCCGUCUGUUCCUCGGCGGGGCGCCUUUUUCUUAGUCGCGGAAGAGCUGCCGGGCAUGGAGGUGUUACUGUCCCCGUUGGAAUCGGCCAAGUUUAUCGCCGGGAAUAGCAAAGAUGUCUUCGUGGACGAGGACGGGGCGCGACGGGUGGCGGAGAGUUUGUUCGACAAAGCCUCGGCGGCGGAGUUCGGGCUGGCGGGGUGGAAGAGCCUCCACGAGCUGAACCCCAGGAGCGCCGGCGAGGAAGCGGUAGACUGGGUGUUCCUGGUGGACACCCUCAACUUCUCCUUCUGGUCCGAGCACGAGGACCGCAAAUACCUGGUCAAGUACAAGGGGAAAACCUACAGCGGGUAUUGGUCCCUCUGCGCCGCCGUCAACAGGGCCCUGGACGACGGAAUACCGAUUACAAGUGCAUCAUAUUUUGCCACCAUGACACUCGACCAAAUUCGGCAUGUGUUUCGCUCUGACACCGAGGUGCCCAUACCUUUGAUUGAAGAAAGACAUCGGGUGCUGAAUGAAAGCGGAACCAUUCUGUUAGAGAAGUUUGGAGGCUCUUUCCUCACCUGUGUGAAAAUGAGUGGGAAAAGUGCUCAGAAACUACUACGUCUGGUACUGGAUAAUUUUCCUUCUUACAGAGAUGAAGCUGUAUUUGAGAAAAAAAAAGUGUCUUUCUACAAACGGGCACAAAUACUUGUGGCUGAUACAUGGAGUGUGUUAGAAGGCAAAGGACAUGGCUCUUUUAAUGACAUUUCCAGUCUGACAAUAUUUGCUGACUACAGAAUUCCUCAAGUUCUCGUUCACUUAAAAGCAAUGAAGUAUUCUGAAGAACUAAUGAAGAAACUACGUGCAGAAACAGUUUUCAAGUCUGGAGAUAGAGAGGAGGUGGAGAUUCGUGGCUGUUCUGUUUGGUGCUGUGCGUUGAUCUGUAAGCAUCUGCUGGAGCUCUAUGAGAAGAAGGGUCAGGACAUGCGUGAGAAGAUCAAUGCCGUUUUACUCGAUUAUUAUCUCUGGGACUAUGCCAGGGAUCAUAGGGAAGAGAUGAAAGAUAUUCCGUUCCACCGAGUGCGGUGUAUAUAUUACUAAAUACAGCUGGAUAGCUCUUCUACUGAUACUUUAUCUUUCUAAUUGAAGUAAUUCUUUUCAUACAGUAGUUUGUCAUACGCUGAUUGGAACUGGCUAAACCAAAUGCUCCUUUUCUGAUGAUGUAUUAACACCUUGCUCUUUUUUUUUUUUUUUUUUUUUUUUCUUGGAAUCCUUCACUCGCCGUGGCUGGAAUGAUUAUUAGUUCAUCACUCCUUCUUCGGGCUCCAUGCAUGCAUUUGCGUGUGUCUGAACCCACCCCCCCAGGUAGCUGUACCAUGCCUACAGAUACCUUGUCACACCUUCCCUCACACUGAUCAUCACAUUCAUUCAAUAAACCAUGCCUAAAACC